GAAAAUUUCGUUCAGUUCAUUCGUAAUUCAGUUCUGUGCAGCUGUUCUUAUUUGAUCGUCCUGUGGAUUAGUGAUUUUUCGACUAUUUUAUAACGCUUAAAAUUUUUGUGAUCGUGGACGAACCAUUUUGACCCAAAAGUCUUAGUUGGGAACAUUUCGAUAAAUAGAUUUAUAGACUUGUGCGUCGUGUGUACUUUCCGUGACGUAACUGGAUUUCUUACGAAUAACUGUUCGCGUGCGACUAACAAAGGUCGUGGCGACUAAUGGUGGCCGUUCUCGAGUGUCGGGGUGAAUUUUGACGGCGCGAUGUGGGAAUCUGAUUCUGACACAGGGUCCCGCAGCGCGUCUUCGGACGGGCUGCGGAGACGCCAAGGAUGGGAUCCCGAAGCGGAGAGUUUGGCUUCACAAAUGGAUGAACUAGACGAAGUGCUCGCAGAGGAAGAAGAUGGAUGUCCUUUACCCUCGACUCCUGAGGAUCAACAUCUGUUGGACGCUGAGAUGGCGGAAGUGUUGAAAGCGGGCGUACUCUCUGAUGAAAUCGAUCUUGGUGCGCUGGCACACAACGCGGCGGAACAAGCCGAGGAGUUCGUCCGCAAGGUCUGGGAGGCCUCCUGGAACGUGUGCCACUUCCGACACCUGCCCCGCUGGCUACAAGACAACGAUUACCUCCACAAAGGCCACAGACCGCCGCUACCCUCGUUCAGCGCGUGCUUCGCAUCCAUAUUCCGCAUCCACACGGAGACAGGCAACAUCUGGACACAUCUGCUGGGCUGCGUGGCUUUCAUUGGCGUCGCGAUCUACUUCCUGUCGCGCCCCUCGAUCGAGAUUCAGAUGCAGGAGAAAAUGAUAUUUGGAGUAUUCUUUAUAGGUGCCAUAGUGUGCCUUGGCUUCUCGUUCGCAUACCACACCCUCUAUUGCCAUUCGGAGAUGGUCGGCAAAUUAUUCUCUAAAUUGGAUUACUGUGGUAUAGCCCUAUUAAUUAUGGGCUCAUUUGUUCCAUGGCUUUAUUAUAGUUUCUACUGCCACUACAGACCUAAAAUAAUAUAUUUAUCUGUAGUGGUUGUUUUAGGAAUGCUUUCAAUCAUUGUGUCACUCUGGGAUAGAUUCUCAGAGCCUCGCUUACGACCUCUUCGAGCGGGAGUGUUCAUGGGUUUUGGUCUGUCAGGCAUUGUGCCUGCCAUCCACUAUGGUAUUACGGAGGGCUGGUUCAGUCAAGUGAGUAAAGCUUCACUGGGCUGGCUGGUUCUGAUGGGCCUGUUGUACAUAUUAGGAGCUAUGUUCUACGCCCUGCGGGUACCUGAGCGCUGGUUCCCAGGGAAGUGUGACAUCUGGUUCCAGUCCCACCAAAUAUUCCACGUGCUUGUGAUUGUAGCUGCAUUCGUGCACUACCAUGGCAUCAGUGAGUUGGCAUCAUACCGUGUGACCGUAGGGGAAUGUUCUAUGCCUCCAUCAUCGAUUGCAUUCUAGCCCCUCCCUAAACCAAAUGUGAUAGUAGACCAUAGAUAAAUUUAAGUAGAAAUACAAACAUUCAAUAGCUUCACUGUAUAUUUUUUAAACAUAUAAAUUACGAAUUUUUGUAAAGUUUUAUAACAACAAAGAAAAAAUUGCUAAUAACACAGAUGGUUCAUAAUAAGUGAGGCUAAAAUGGGUUCAGAAUGGGGGUAAAGGGACUAUGAUAAAUAAUAAACAUAUGUCAUAGUAACUUGUUUAUUUAUUUAAAAAAAAAUUAGGAUUAGUGCAUUAGUAGUUAUUGUUACUUUCUAGUUUUCUAAUUGCACCAUGAACUGCACUUUUGAAGGAAAAGAAAAGAAAAUCACGAUAUAAAACAUUUUUAUUUGCUGUAUUUCCUUGAAUCAAGCUGUGUUGAGAUUUGUGUUAUCUUUAUAGUGUACUUAAUUUCAAUGUUUUAUUUAUGUACUUGUUUUUGCACUAAAUUUAAGACCAGUGUUAAGUAGCAUAGAAUAGUUUGGACCACAUGUAUGCCCUUCACUGUUCUUCCAUGUACAUAAACAUUGUCAAAACAUUGUUUUUUAUCAUUUGCUAGAAGAAAACAAAUCAAUGGAGUUUUUUCUUGAAUGUAAGCAAUUUGCUUGAAAGUAGAAGGUAAUAACUACUGAUCUUGCAUGAUCAUGUGAAUGAUUUGUUUGUCUUAUAGUUUUCAUACAUCAAUUAUCACUUUCUCUAAUCAUUAUUUUUAAUCAAAGACAGUUCCUAUUUCAUUCAUUUUUUACUUGUUCAGGAUUAAUAAACAUUUGUGUAUAUUGCAUGGAAUCUCUUGCUGUCUAUCAUCAUAAAUUAGAUGCCUUUUAGAAGCACUUUUGUCAGUUUUGAAUGAGUUUAGUACUAUCUAAUGUACCUAUUAAUUAAUUAGUAUGUGUAAUAAAUCCAUUUUGUUAACUGGUCCUCACCAAUUUUGCACAAAUGAGUACAUCAUACAAAUUAAAAGAUUUAAAUUGUAAUUAGAUUAACAAUAAUUAACAAUUGGAAAUAUUUUAUAAUGGUGUACUUGUAAGUGUAUUGGUUUUUUUAUAAGUUUUAAGUAACUGCUGUCUAACAUUCCAUCAUAGUAUCAAAAUAAUGUUAAAUAAUAUAUUUUCUGAUUGUUUUUAAGAGUUACUUAUUUAAUUUAUAUUUUUCUGGGCAUAAUCAUCGAGUAUCAUCAUUUCAUUAAACUGUGGUCUGCAUUAGGUUAAAUAAAUUUAAUUCAAAGUAUAUUCUAAAUUGUUAUAAGUGUUCAUAAGUGUAAAGAUUUUAUGAGACAAAAUGUAUUAAAAGAUUUUGUGAUGGUAUAUUGCAAAUUGAGCUCUAUUGUCUUGAAAAGUACAUUUAUAUUGAUAUGUUGGAUUGAAAAGCUUAAAAAUUAUGUAAGUAGAGAUGUUAAUAUGAUAAAUAUAGAAAAAAAAUCUCGUAAAGAUAUCGUAAAGACAAUGUCUUAUAAAUAUAAAAUAAAAUAUAAGUAAUGUAUUGCUGCUUUCUCUGAAUACAAUGUAUGAUCCUAUUUUGGGAGAAAAUUCCGCAAACCCAGUAUUUGGCAUAUCAAACAACUAAGUCGGAAUCGGACUGAGGAUAAAGACAAUACCUGUUUCUCACGCAAAAUGUGUUGAUUUUUUGAUGUUGAGACAUGUCAGUGACCUGCUUAUAUCAGUUUUGCUAUGGGAUAUCAUUUUGAAGUUGUUAACAUUCACCACAGACCACACGAUAUUUUCUGUUGCAUACAUAUUUUGUUAACAUUUUUCUUCAAUUGCAAAUAUGCUUUUACUGUUCUUGUGACAUUUGUUGAUUACUUGUUUUUGGUGGGAUUAAAAAUUAUGCAAUAAAAAUUAAAAUAAAACCGUA